AUGACAAACAGUAACGUUCCAUUAGUUAAAAUGCUCUCAAACUUGCGUCGAUUAACUGUAUCAUUACUACGACAAGUACGAGCAGAAUCAAAUAAAGUUACCGGACCAACAAGCCCGAUGGCACCUGCUGAAAAAGGAUCGAGACCGAAAGGUGUUUGGGGAAUAUUUGGUUCACCAUGGCAAGACCCUUUACCAAAAGGUGAAAUGGCCGUAACGCGUCUAGAUGAUUUAAAUAAUUUAAUCCAUCGUUGUUCUCUUUGGCCAAUGACUUUUGGAUUAGCUUGUUGUGCUAUUGAAAUGAUGCACUUUGCAGCACCACGCUAUGACAUGGAUCGCUUUGGCGUCGUCUUUCGUGCUUCUCCCAGACAGGUAGAUGUCAUGAUUGUUGCUGGCACAGUAACAAAUAAAAUGGCACCUGCAGUCCGACGAGUAUACGACCAAAUGCCAGAACCAAAAUGGGUGAUAAGUAUGGGUUCAUGUGCUAAUGGUGGUGGCUAUUAUCAUUAUUCAUAUUCAGUACUGAAAGGUGUAGAUCGGAUUAUUCCUGUAGAUAUAUAUGUUCCUGGUUGCCCACCAUCAGCAGAGGCGUUGCUUUACGGUGUUUUGCAGCUGCAAAAGAAAAUCAAACGAAAACGGGAAGCUCUUAUGUGGCAUAGAAGGUAGAU